AGACGACCUUCAUUCUCGUCAAUGCGAUGUCGCCACCCACUGAGACUUGAUUCUGCGACCCCACGUGCUCGCUGCUCCUUCGUCAAUACGGAAUGGUAUCGUUUAUCGAGGACGAUGUGGCGGAACGGCUAAGUCAGCUGCUAGGGCUCGGCCAGCCGAACAAACUUCUGGCGAGCAGGGUCAUAGCCCUCGCUCGCAGCCUCCCCUCCGAGCAGGCAUUCGUGGGCGCUGCGCGCGGGUUUGGCAAAUUCGAGCAGGCAGACCUUGCGGAGCUUAGAGAGAGGAUCAGGAAGGCCCCUGUCGACCAUGAUGCGCAGGCUGUCGAUGCGAAUUUCGAUGGUCACUCUUCGGCCGCUCGGGAAGACACCAGCUCACGCUUGCAACCCGACGAGCCAAGAAGGGCUGGACUGACUACAAGUAGCAGCGAGCGACACGUUUUCAAAGCUCCGGCAACACCACGAACGUCAAAGCUGGGUUUGGACAGGAUAGCAGCAGACAAACGCGCUGAAGCCCAAGUGAAGGGACCUAAUGGUACAAGUGGCGGCGAAGCUCGGAAAAGAGCACGUCUCGAUCCGCCGAGCUCCAGCGAAUUUCUUGUUCAGGGCUCCGAGACUCCCGUCCCUUCUUUCAAGGUCCCAGCACGGCCCACAGGCGGGUCCGGGGCUGCGCAGCAGCGCGUUCGGCCUCAAGAAACGCCUAGUCAUUCUGGAGGCAUCAGCUCUAGCGCACGCGAAGUAUUGGAAGCCAGGAAAAGAAGCAGGGCUGAAGGAGUAUCUGCUGGCAACUCGAGAGACGCAGCAGCAAACAAGCAAGGGCAACGUCUUGAAGACGAGCUGAGGGAUAAGCUCAACAGAAAUGUCCGCUAUCGUAGGGAACAGCUUGAUCCGCGCGAUCGGAACGGACGUGGAUGGCGUGAGGACUCGAAUGGUGGCAUAAGCGGCGGAAAAGGCUGGGGAGGUGAUGCACCAAGAACGAGUCACGGAUCCAGCCGGGGGGAUUGGGAAGCAACUCCUCGCAGCUCUGCCCCUUUGCCCAACCGAUCGUGGGACUCAACGCCACGCAACGAUCACUCAUUUACUCCUCGCACGUCUCGAGGCUGGGAAGCUACACCGAGGCGCAACGGCAGGGAGGAAGACGACGGACGAAUGACCCUGGCGGGAAGAGGGUGGGAAGCGGAUGGCGAAGAGUCAGCCGCUUUAGAUAGAGACUGGUACAGCAUGGACGAAGGUGGAGUUGCAGGCGAUGAAGAGACCAACGCUUUCAGCGCAUAUGCCGAUUUGGAAGCAUCCGCUACCGCCGCUGCUUCUGGAUCUGGAGGCACCAAGAAGCAGACAGCAAGGCAGGCGGCUAGACAAGCGGAAGCUGAUAGGUGGGAAGAUGAUCGGUUGGCAGCGUCAGGCAUCGGUGGUAGACGAAGGGUAGAUUUGGACAGCAUGGACGACGAGAGCGAGAGCCGCGUCCAUCUGCUAGUACACGACCUUCGUCCGCCGUUCCUGGACGGCAAGACUGUCUUCACGCGUCAGCUCGAGCCCGUGAACCCAGUCAGAGACCCGACCUCGGACCUCGCCGUCUUUAGCCGGAAAGGCUCGAAGCUGGUCAAGGAGAAGAGGGAGCAAAAGGAGAGAGCGAAAGCGGCAGCCAAGAUGGCGGCACUUGGAGGCACUGCCCUGGGGAAUGUGCUGGGCGUGAAGGAAGGCGAAGAAAGGGAUAGCGCUGGGAACAAGAUUCACGAGACGGGCGGUGACGAGGAAGAUGCAGAAGGCUACAACCACCGAAGCGACAGUCAAUUCUCCAAACACCUCAAGAAGAGCGAUCAGGGGGCUAGCGCGUUCUCGCGCGGCAAGUCUCUCAAGGACCAAAGGCAGUAUCUGCCCGCUUUUGCCUGUCGAGAAGAUCUGAUGAGGGUGCUCAGGGAAAACCAAGUCGUGAUAGUGGUGGGAGAGACAGGGAGCGGCAAGACGACUCAAGUAGCUCAAUUCCUGCACGAAGAAGGGUACACGCGGCACGGCCUGAUCGGAUGUACUCAGCCCAGAAGAGUCGCUGCAAUGUCCGUUGCGAAGCGAGUGUCGGAAGAGAUGGAGGUGGAGCUCGGCGAUCUGGUCGGCUACUCGAUCAGGUUCGAGGACUGCACCUCGGAGAGAACGAAGAUCAAGUACAUGACCGAUGGCGUGCUGCUAAGAGAAAGCUUGAACGACCCCGAGCUGGGAAAGUACAGCGCCAUCAUCCUUGAUGAAGCUCACGAGCGCGGUCUGAGUACCGAUAUCCUCAUGGGUUUGCUGAAGAAGAUCUUGACACGAAGGAGAGACCUGAAGUUGAUUGUCACGUCUGCUACCAUGAAUGCCGACAAGUUCGCUCAAUUCUACGGCCAUGCUCCGAAUUUCACAAUUCCUGGACGUACCUUUCCAGUGGACACCUUGUUUUCCAAGUCUCCUUGUGAAGACUACGUGGACUCAGCGGUCAAGCAGGUCUUAGCUGUGCACGUCGGAGGUGGUGUUGGAGACAUGCUUGUCUUCAUGACUGGUCAGGAGGAUAUUGAGGUGACUUGCGAUGUCAUCCAGGAGCGGCUGUCGCAGCUAGACGAUGCCCCACCCCUUCUCGUCCUGCCGAUUUAUUCUCAGAUGCCAGCGGAUUUGCAAGCCAAAAUCUUCAACCCAGCACCUAAUGGCGAGAGGAAGGUAAUUGUGGCUACAAAUGUAGCGGAGACUUCAUUGACGGUGGACGGUAUCAUGUACGUAGUCGACUGCGGCUACUCUAAGCUCAAAGUCUACAACCCACGCGUGGGCAUGGACAGUCUACAAAUCACACCUGUCAGUCAAGCGAAUGCAAAUCAAAGGUCGGGCAGAGCAGGCAGGACUGGGGCAGGUACAGCAUACAGGCUGUAUACCGAGAAUGCCUAUAGAAACGAGAUGUUUCCCAAUACGAUACCGGAGAUACAGCGGACCAAUCUUGCCAACACCGUGCUAUUGCUAAAGUCUCUCGGAGUGAAGAAUCUACUGGAGUUCGAUUUCAUGGAUCCUCCACCUCAGGACAACUUGCUUCAGUCUAUGUACUCUCUUUGGGUACUUGGUGCUCUGGACAACAUCGGCGACCUGACGCCCGUUGGCAAGAAGAUGAGCGAGUUUCCGAUGGAGCCAUCACUCUCAAAGAUUCUUAUCGCCAGCGUCGACUUCAAAUGCAGCGCGGAGCUGCUUACCAUCGUCAGCAUGCUCAGCGUGCCAUCCGUGUUUUAUAGACCCAAGGAAAGGCAAGAGGAGUCGGACGCUGCCAGAGAGAAAUUCUUUGUAUCGGAAUCCGACCACUUGACGCUCCUACAUUGUUACACUCAAUGGAGACUCAACGGAUACAGAGAUUCUUGGUGCGCUCAACACUUUCUGCACGGAAAGAUCCUAAAGAAAGCCAGAGAGGUUCGCACUCAACUCGAGGACAUUAUGAAGACGCAAAGGCUCGAUGUCAUCUCUUGCGGUACAGACUGGGACACCGUUCGCAAAUGCAUCGUGACAGGAUUCUUCCAUCAAGCAGCUCGUGCGAAGGGGAUUGGCGAGUACGCUCACGCCCGAACGGGUAUGCCUCUACAGCUGCACCCAACUUCGAGCUUGAUAGGCGCUGGCGUCACGCCUCAAUUCUUGGUGUAUCACGAAGUGAUCCAGACCAGCAAAACCUACAUGCACACGUGCACUGCCGUCGAGGCAGAGUGGCUGGCCGAACUUCAAGUCCAUUGUUUAUUUGCGCCUCUGGGACUUUCAUCGCCGUAGAGGUACACCCAUUGCAGCCAGGCUUGUUGCGCGCUCCUAUUGCCCUUCGUGACACACGCACUUCCAUAGAUCCGAUCCGAUUUAGACCAAUGACAUGAGUACUUUUCGCUCAUAUUCUCCGCGCUCAAAUCAUCUUCGUGGCUCGAUACCGAUCUCUGCACCUACCUUCGCCUUGCACUCGCAGACGACCCAGAUCGCAC